CUAUCUGAUCUAAAAAACAGUGCGUGUGUGCUUAUCUAUUAUCUAGUAACUACGAGGAGUAACCCCCGUUUGACCGUGUUUCUAUAGCCUCAACCACUGAAACCAUUAAAAAGAGACUUCGAAUUGGUAAAGUUCGAACUUGAGGAGUGGACAGUGUUUUAUUUAAUUUUUAAAUCGCAUAAACCCCUACCAAAUGGUCACCUGCGGCCGGCAAACGUUCAACAUGCUGCCCAUGGCGCCGACGAGUCCUUUUGUCAGCAGCAGCUCCUCGAUGGCCGCGACCUCCACUUCCGUUUCUGCCAGCUCAGUUUCCGCUUCCGCAGUGGGCAGCAAGCCCAAGCUGGCCUUCAGCAUCGACUCGAUCGUGGGCGAAUCCUCGACGAGAUCGACUCCAUUGAGGGUCAGUGUGAUAUCCUCGCCGCCGCCGCGCAGCGAAAGUCCCGCCUCGCCGACGAAUACCAACAACAGCGGACGGAGAACGCCCAGAGGAUAUAUAUACUGCCGGAGGCGGGAUUCGCUGGACCGAUCGCGAAGUCCACAAAGAUCACCGGUCAGCCGCUCGCCAACGCCUCCGAAUGGCAGUGGAAAUCCUCCAGCGGCGGGGAUUCCCAGUCCACCAAAAUCGGGGGACUUAUCCCAGUCGAUUGGAAAUCCACCCGCUCCUAUUGGAACCCUCAUCCGUCCGAUGCCCUUGCCGGCGCCGAAUUUAGCUUUAAUCCAGAACCGCACCUCACCGAACCAGAUGGCGGUGCGAAUGGCGGGUCCACCGCACCCGCCGCCGCCCCCGUUCCUUGCCGCCCAGUUCCAAAUGGCCGCUGCACUGGCCCAUCACCACCAGCAGCAGCAGCAGCAACAACAACAGCAUCCGCCCGUGCCAACUGGACCGCCACAUGGUCCGCAUCCGCAUCUGCCGCCUGGCCAAAUCCCGAUGGGGAUUUUUCCGGGCGGACCGCAUCCGGGACAUCCGCCGCCCCACGGACAUCACCCCUUUGGGAGUGCUCCGCACCUGAUCCGCGAUAGUUAUCCGCUGUAUCCAUGGCUGCUCAGUCGACACGGACGCAUUUUUCCACGGUUUCCGGGCAAUUUCCUGUUCCAGCCAUUCCGCAAGCCGAAACGCGUUCGCACCGCCUUCUCGCCGACGCAGCUGCUCAAACUGGAGCACGCCUUCGAGGGGAAUCACUACGUGGUGGGGGCGGAGCGCAAGCAGUUGGCCCAGGGACUCAGCCUGACCGAAACCCAGGUGAAAGUGUGGUUCCAGAACCGUCGCACCAAGCACAAGCGGAUGCAGCGAGGGGGCGACGGGAGCGACACCAAGAGCAACAAGGGAAGCUCCUCGGGAGGCGGAGGGGGUGGCGAUGGGGAGGACGAUGCCAAGCACGAUGGAUCGCAGCAUAGCUAUGAGGACGCAGAGGAUCCGGAGGACGACGACGAGAUCGAGGAGGACGACGAGGACGAAGUGAUCGAUAUGGAUGACUAUGGCAGCGAAAUGGAUGCGGAGGAGCACCAGCGACUGCGGGAGCAAUUCCAGCAGCAAUUGGCCCAGCACCAGCAACAGUUCCUCCAGCAACAGCAGCAAAAUCCGGGGGAUGCAGCCACCCUCAGUCCGCAGCAGCAGCAUCAGUUGCUGCAACAGCACCAGCAACAUCUGCAGCAGCAACACCAGCAGCAGCAGCAACACUUCAUCCAGCAGCAGCAACUAUAUCUGCGGGAAAGGGAAAGGGAGAGGGAGCGGGAGAAGUCGAGGGAGAGGGAAAGGGAGCGGGAAAAGUAGUAACUAAACAGCUAUCUCCGCUAUUUUGUGUUCCUUUAAUUUCAUGUAAAUUAUUUGUCAACUGUAUAGCUUAAUUUUAAUUGUUUAAUACUUAAAAAAUAAAUA